AUGGCUGCCAGGGAGGUGGCAGCUCUAACCUUCCUUGCGGCUGUCUGCCUCCUGUGCGCAGCUCCAGCCGCCGCCUGGUCCUCUUCUACGACUGCGCACAGGCACUCCCUGGCUUUCACUGCGCCGGAAGCUGCGUCGCAUGCUCCCGGAAUGCACAUUGUCAUCUCUAUGUACCAGGAGGACAUAAUGCAGGUGCAGCAGUACUUGCAGCGGCUGCUGAGCAUCCAUUCAGUGGCAGCCACUCGUCCGCGCAUCUUUCUGUACGUAAAGGGCGGCCCGGAGUUUUUCGCGCGAGCUCGGGAGCUCAGUUUCGCGCAUGAGAUUCAUGAAGUGCCAAACAUUGGCCGGGAGCAGGAGACUUACCUUCGGCACGUUGUGGCGCACUAUGAGCGGCUGCCGCAGCACGCGCUGCCAAACUAUGAGGAGAACAUGCUGAGCCGGCUGCAGACGCUGUUUGGGCCGAGGACUGGCGCAAUGGGAUUGGGCCUCACAGCCGUGUGCACCUGCGAGGGACACAGCCAGCUGUGGCCAGAGUGGGGCGCCGGCGGCUUCAUCCGGCUGCGCGAGGUGUGGGCGCUGGCUCAGGGGACGCUGUGUCCACACGAGUUCGCCUGCUUCCACAACGGCUUCCUCGUAGCUUCCCGCGCGCGCCUGCACCUGCAAACCAAGAAGCUGUACGAAUACCUGCUCGGCCUGUUCACCACAAGCGCCGACCACCCACUGCGCGUGAAUGAGUUCCUGUACAAGCAUCACACCUCGAAUAUCCCGGAAGAGUGGCCCACGUUUGGGCAUGUCAUGGAGCGGAGCUGGAAUGCUCUGCUCAACUGCACGGAUGUGAACAUUGCGUACAGCUGCAGCGCUGUCUGUGAGCAGGAAGAUUGCACCGGGCUUGAACACUGCCAGUGCUUGGAUGAGGGGUCGCCCCAUGACGGCGUGGCCCCCAUCUGA